UGAUACUAAAGCUCCCGUGGUCUCUUCCUAAUAACAAUCUGGUGGACUUGAGACAGGGUGAAUUUGACUUUUGAUCCGCACCUGCUUUAACUCAGCGGUGAUGCAGAAGGAGGAGGCGAUGUCGCAUGGAGCAGCAGACCGAGCAGAUGGUGCACCCGGACAGGCGCCGCUGCAAGACUGCACAGGUGCUUGUUGUCAUGGAGGAGCAAAGAUGGCGGUCCUGGCCUAUAGCCUGGGCAAACGCGAAAUAAAUCAACAUUUUACCAUAAAAAAUGCCAAAUUGAUAUCGCUAGUGGUCGUUUUCCUACUCCUCGUGUUUCACACAGCUUCGCGGUACUAUGGAGGCGGAGACUCAUGUGAGUGGCUGCUAUCCAGAGGACGUUACUUGGGGGAGAAUGUAUGGCAGCCUUAUGGCUGCAUGAUGCACAAAUACAAAAGCAUUGAAGCCAAAACCUGCCUUGCUGAAAAGCGGGUGGCCUUUGUUGGUGAUUCACGAAUCAGGCAACUAUUUUACUCCUUCAUCAAAGUUAUUGACCCUGAGCGAAGAGAAGAUGGAAAUAAGCACGAGGACAUUUCUUUUGAAGAUGAGAGUUCCUCUGUUAAUGUGGACUUCUUGUGGUAUCCAGAGGCAAAUAAUUCAAUGAAGGAGCGCUUGAUAUCAUGGACACACGAAGCUUCAGCAAAGCCAGAUGUUGUCAUCCUUGGAGCUGCCACAUGGUCCAUCAAGUUGCACAGUGGCAGCAGCGAGACCCUGCAGCAGUACAAAGUCAACCUGACAGCCAUUGCUGUGAACCUGGAGAAGCUGGCUGACCAUGGAGAGGUCUACUGGGUCCUGCAAGACCCAGUAAAUGAGGAGGUGUUGAGUGACAACAGGAAAAUGAUCACCAACCAACAGCUUGAGCUGUACAAUGAGGCAGCAGUGGACGUGCUCAACAGCAGCAAGCGUAACAGCAGGUCCCGGGUCAAGCUGUUGGCCGCGUCCCGCCAGGCCGCAAUGGAAACUAUCACCCAGUCAGACGACGGCUUGCACCUGCCUGAGAGCACCAGGAAUGUGGGAGCUAUGAUCCUCAUGAACUCGGUGUGCAACAAGCUGCUGAGGCCUAUUGACGGCUCCUGCUGCCAGACGGUACCGCCCCCAAACCUCCUCCAGAAACUGUCAGCAUGUUUCUUCCUGGGCUCUGCAGCGGUCUUCCUGGUCCUCCACGUCCUUGGCAACAACCGCCACCGCCGACCAGUGCCCCCGGACGUGGAGAGCCUGGAGGAGAAGAAGCCAGCGACUGCAGCUGUCCCCUUUGGUCCAAAGGCACCCUUCCAGGCCCUCUGCAGGAUGGGUGUCAUCAUGGGCUAUUUUUACCUUUGUGACAGAGCAGAUGUUUUCAUGAAAGAGCAGAAGUUCUACACACACUCCACGUUCUUCAUCCCUCUCAUCUAUAUAUUUGUCCUGGGAGUGUUCUACAGUGAGAACAGCAAGGAGACCAAAUUACUCAACCGAGAGCAAACAGAUGAGUGGAAAGGCUGGAUGCAGUUGGUUAUCCUUAUCUAUCACAUAUCUGGAGCCAGUGCUUUCAUUCCAGUGUACAUGCAUGUGCGGGUGCUGGUUGCAGCGUACCUUUUUCAGACUGGCUAUGGACAUUUUUCCUUUUUCUGGCUCAAAGGAGACUUUGGACUGUAUAGAGUGUGCCAGGUGCUUUUCCGUCUGAACUUCCUGGUCUUGGUGCUGUGUGUGGUAAUGGACAGACCCUACCAGUUCUAUUACUUUGUCCCAUUGGUAACCUUCUGGUUUGUCGUUAUCUACGGCACGUUGGCCAUGUGGCCUCAGAUCCUUCAGAAGAAGGCCAACAAUAGUGGCAUGUGGCACCUUGGGGUCUUGGCGAAGUUACUGGGCCUCCUGCUGUUUAUCUGCUUCUUUGCAUUUUCACAGGGUUUCUUUGAGAGUAUCUUCUCUGUGUGGCCCAUCUCCAAGCUCUUUGAGCUGAACGGAAGCAUACACGAGUGGUGGUUCAGAUGGAAGCUGGACCGAUUUGCGGUGAUACACGGAAUGUUAUUUGCCUUCAUCUAUCUGGUGCUGCAGAAGCGCCAGGUGCUCUCAGAGGGCAAAGGAGAGGCUCUCUUCUCUGCCAAUAUUUCCAACCUGCUCCUCUUCCUCUCUGUCGUCUCCUUCAUAACUUACUCAAUAUGGGCUAGCAGCUGCAAAACCAAAACAGAGUGCAACGAGAUGCAUCCUUACAUCUCUGUUGUCCAGAUUUUGGCCUUCAUUCUAAUCAGGAACAUUCCUGGCUACGCCCGCUCUAUAUAUAGCUCAUUCUUUGCUUGGUUUGGAAAGAUCUCUCUGGAGCUGUUCAUAUGCCAGUACCACAUCUGGCUGGCAGCAGACACCAAGGGAAUUUUGGUCUUGAUCCCAGGAAACCCUUCACUCAACAUCAUGGUCAGCACUUUCAUCUUUGUCUGUGUGGCUCAUGAGAUUUCCCUCAUCACCAAUGACCUGGCACAAGUGGUUAUCCCCAAAGACAGCGUGGCCCUGCUGAAGAGACUGGGGGCCAUGGGGCUCUUCAGUCUGGUAGUAUUGCUGCUAGCUAGGGGCAGCCAGCCAACACCCGGCGCCUGAUGGAUACCUCUUGAUGGAGCAGGCCCCGUUUUUUAGUCUGCCGGUGGUCACAGGAGACAACCUCAGUUGUGUUUGUAGAGCAACAACACAAGAACACAUGGAAGAACAGUGUCUUGCUGCUGGCCAUGUUUGAGCAGAGUCUGUACUUUUUUGACUGCUGUGAAAGUCGCACACUGAAGAAAAUAAAAAUGCCCAAAGGGGGAGGCUCUCUCCUUUCAGGGCAAAGUAAAAAAAAAAAAAAGAACAAAA